AUGUCGAACCAAUUCAAGGAUAACACCGACUACGAGAAGGGCGAGUCGAUCGAUGGACCCACCGCCACCGCCUACCCCCAAGGCGGCCAGCCCCUGGAUCAAAUGACAGGAGACGAUGCGCCCCUGCAACGACAGUGAGUCACCACCCCCACCCUUCUUAGCACUAGAGUUCGACGCGGCUUUUGGCGCCAUUUUCGCGGCAUCAUGCCCAUGGCAUGCUCUGCCAUACCGCGCCUUCGAAGAGUCGGGGAGGCGAACGAUACGGCCUCGACGGGCAGAUCGUGUGGACUCUUGCCCGCGGUGGCUUUGCGCGUGCCGGAGGUUACCUACGCCUAUGUGACCCGGAUUUUCCGUGCCACCAUUUGCAUUCGUCUUAGCCCGAGUAACGCGAGCAGCCGUGGUACAGCGACGUAGUCAGCCUCCAACGUCGAUCUUCGAAGGCGCAAGCUGACUUGAUUCUACUCCUCACCCCCUACUCGCACCUCCUGUCUAUUCCUCGCGCUCGCCACCCAAUCAGACUCAAGUCGAGGCACAUCCAGAUGAUUUCGAUUGGUGAGUGAUGGAACAUACUCGCUACGUGUCUGUGUGCACGCGAAGAGCAACCGCACAAUUUGCGAGAAGAGCUUGUCACUGACCGCACGCUGUGUCUCGCCCCGUCAUACCAGGUGGUGUCAUCGGAACCGGUCUCUUCUUGGGAACGGCCAAUGCUCUCCGACACGGUGGACCUUUGGGUCUGCUGAUGGGUUUCGCCGCCAUGGGAUCCAUCACCUUCGGUGUCAUGGUCUCGCUCGGUGAAAUGAUUGCCGCGCUCCCCAUCCCCGGUGGCCACAUCUCGCUCGCUCAACGCUUCGUCAACCCCGCGUUCUCUUUCGCCAUGGGCUGGAAUUACUGGUACAACUGGACUAUCGUUCUGCCUGCCGAGCUCAACGCUGCUGCUGUUCUUAUUGGUUACUGGAACAACAAGGUCAACCCCGGUGUCUGGAUCGCCGUCUGCCUCGUUGUUGUAAGUUCGCAGUGCCACCGUACGAAAUAACCCCUGUCCAUUUUGCUCGGCUGUCCUGACCUCCGGUUGAUUGAUUUUGUUUCCGCACCCAUCAGGCUGCUGCUAUCAACGUUGGUGGUACCAAAAUGUACGGAGAGUGCGAGUUUUGGUUCGCCAUUAUCAAGGUUUUGACCAUCGUCGGCCUGAUCAUCUUGGGCAUCAUCUUGGACGCCGGCGGAGUAACUGGUGACCCCAUCGGUUUCAGGUACUGGCGCAACCCUGGAGUGUUCGUCCAGUAUCUCGGUUUCGAAGGCGCCAAAGGUCGUUUCCUCGGUUUCUGGGCUGUCCUCAUCCAAGCCGCCUUCUCCUACAUCGGUACGGAGAUCGUCGCCAUCACCGCUGGUGAGGCCAAGAACCCCAAGAAGACGCUUCCCAAGGCCAUCCGCCGAGUCUACGUCCGAAUCUUGCUCUUCUACAUUCUCGGUGUCUUCGUCAUCGGUCUUUUGGUCGCUUCCAACGUGAGUCUCUGCGACAGGCGGAACGUCCUGCCACCGCUGAAACCUUACUGAAUCUGACUAUGUUAUGCCGUGUUAGGACCCUCGCCUGAACCUUAAAGUGAGCACCGCCGCCCGGUCGCCGUUCGUUAUCGCCAUCAACAACGCUGGUAUCCCCGCCCUUCCUUCGAUCAUCAAUGCCUGCUUGUUGACCUCCGCCUGGUCGGCCGCGUCGUCGGACUUGUACGUCAGUUCGCGCGCACUCUACGGACUUGCCUUGAACGGCAACGCGCCCAAGUUCCUUCGCAAAACCAACCGAUGGGGUCUUCCUUACAUCUGCGUCAUCAUCGGCAUCUUGUUCUCUUUCCUUUCGUUCAUGUCGGUCGGUUCCUCGUCCGCGGGAGAGGUUUUCGGAUGGUUCGCAAACAUGACUUCGGUGUGCGGAUUGUUGACCUGGACCGGAAUCUGCUUCACUUAGUACGUUGAUCUCGGUUGAUGCGUCUUGAGUGACACCGAAGGGAAAUGAGUUAUUGAUUCGCUCGCUUUUCGCCCGAACAGCAUCCGUUUCAACAAGGCGAUGAAGGCGCAGGGCAUGUCUCGCGACACCAUGGUUUACAAGGCACCCCUGCAACCCUUUUUGGCCUACUACGCUCUCAUCUUCUCGUCGAUCAUCCUCUUCUUCAAUGGAUGGGAGGUCUUCGUGCACAUCGACGGCCACUUCGACAAAGCGACCUUCAUCACCUCGUACUUUCCCAUCUUCUUCUUCCCCAUCCUCUACUUCAGCUACCGCUUCACCAAGGGCGGUCCCCUCGUCCCUUACGGCGAAUCCGACUUGAUCUCGGGUUCGCGACCCGACGAGGAGGAGGAAGUGGAGAAGAAGCCCAAGAACUUCAUCAUGAAGGUUUGGGCCUUCAUCAUGUAA